AUGGCUUCUUAUGCAAUGCUGAAUUUGCGACUUCGACCCUCUGAGAAUCUUCAGAGGAUGAUUGCCGUUCGAACGUUAUUCGGACGGAAAAAAAAGUAUAUUACUCCAGGAGAAACCCGGCAUCAGUUAAAACCACCCCCAGAUGAGAAAGGUUACAUGAAGUACACUCGUUACUGGUCCAAUAUCGCAGCUUUUGAACCGCAGUUACGGACCGGUGACACACUUUCCAGGGCGCUAUUUGGAAAGCUGAAAGAAUCAUAUGAACUAUAUCCUUUUCACCUGCUUGCUACCGUUUACGUUAUCAUAACUGGUCUAUUUAUCUACUUGACAACCACUACAAUCGAAUUUGGUAAUGUUCGUUACAAAACCUGGCCGUAUUUGCGUGACAAAUAUUGGAAAUAUACCACCUUACCGACAGACCCCACUGGUGCUACACAUCAGCGCUUUCCCUUAAUGGAACAGCUUCUGGACGAAAUUGAAGAAGCUUCACAGGCAAGACGUAAAGAAGACGAAGCCCGUGAACAAGCCAUGAAAGCAUAUAGUGAUCAUAAAAAACACCGGUAA